AAACCUUUAGUGAUUUGUAUUCUAUUUUAAUUUCAGCACAUGAAAAUAUUUCUACUUCUGACCAUCGAAGAGAAUGGAAAACCAUUUUCCAGAUCAGCCCUCAUACAUCCUCCUGAUGGCCUAACAACUGAAUGACAUGUCGAUGCUGAGUAUGAUCCAUUUCAAUCAUUUGAGGAAGCUCUCCCUGAUAUAGGGGAUUGGAUGUACAAUGACGGACAUACGUUUAAUGAAGGAUUUGAAGAUGGUUUGAGUGAGGAGUGUGCAGAAGAGUCCAAUUUCAAGGACACAACAGACAAACCAAUACAUGACAAUGCAUCAGAAACCAUGGCAGAGUGCCUUCUGAUCAGCAUGGGUUAUGUAAACUGUCCUAAAGUCACAGGUUGAACACUGCCCGGACUGUGCUGGAAGGCCUCGAGUCAGAGGAUGCGUGUGAAGACAAGAAAGCUGUAAAAAAGGAGAUCCAUAGCAAAAAGGGAGCCAAAAAGGACCAAAUGGAAGAGGAGAAUACAGACCUGCUCAGACUUUGCCACACAGUACCGCUGGAGGUGGUGAACUUAGGUGGGAAAGGUUACGAUCCAGAGAAGAAAGACUACUCAGGUUUCGAGGCCUGGUUGCAGUGUUACUAUGUGGAUGGAAUGAAGUCUGUACGCGACCACAAUGGCAGGACUAUGUGGUUCAAAGGCGAUCCAGGUCCUAUGGCUCCUAAAGAAUCAAAGUCUCCAAAGGCCAAAAAGAGAAAAGAUACAGAUGCAGACCAUGAUUACCCCCGCAAGAAAAAGGUGUCCAGGAAACACAACUCUGACAGCACAGUGAAGAAAAAAGCAGCCAAAAAGCCCACAAAAGCAGCAAAGGAAGAAGAAAAUGGACCUCAAGAAGAAGCCACACCCAGAAGAAGAUCAGCAAACACACCUCAGCAAGAACCGAAAUCCACGUCAGGCAGGAGGAAAAAGAACAAUACAGAGCCAGCUGCAGGUCUGAUUCUAAUAAUACUCCCAUUUUCUGAAAAUAUUAAGAGCCUGAUCUUUGAGGAUCCAAUUCCCACACACUUAUCUGUGUGCGCAAACUAUAAAAUUGCAUGUACUGUUGGUGGACGUGUUGUAUGUGAUCUACUUUGUGCAAUUGAUAGCAGCAAAAGUGGCACAGAUCACCCUAUUUUUGUGUACUAGAAGCAUUAUGUGCCCUUGGAAACACUUCUUUCCCUCUACAUUCAUGUUAUUAUGCUCUCCACACUGGAGGGGGGCUUAUAUUAGAUUAUAGCACAUAUCGAUCAUCUAACACCUUUUCUGCAGUAUAGAAUCACAGUAUGUAUACUAUUUGCAGCAGGAAUGAUCAAACUGCAUAUUGCAAGACAUUUUUUUUAGGAGUUAUACUAAAUACAAAAAAAAAAAACGCAACGCUUUUGUUCUUGUUCCCAAUUUAAAUGAACUUAAAGAUGGAAAACUUUGACUAUAAACACAAAAUACCUGUUCCUCUCAAAUAUUGUUCACAAAUCUGUAUACAUUUGUUAGUGAGCAUUUUUUCUUUGCCAAGAUAAUCCAUCCCACCUGACAGGUGUGCCUUGAGCUGUCCAAAAUAAAAGGCCACUGUGAAAUGUGCAGUUUUAUCACACAACACAAUGCUUCAGAUGUCGCACGUUUUGAGGGAGCGUGCAGUAGGCAUGCUGACUGCAGCAAUGUCCACCAGAGCUGUUGCCCGUCAAUUAAAUGUUUAUUUCUCCGCCAUAAGAAUAGAAUAGAAUAGAAAGUACUUUAUUGAUCCCUGGGGGAAAUUCAGCACCACAGUUCGCUCACAAUAAACAAUGAUAAUAAUAAAUAAUAUAAUAUAUAUGAAUAAUAUAAAUAUAUUCUACAUUUAAGUGCAGUCAAGGAACAUAUGCAUUAUACAGUCUGAUGGCUGUCGGUGUGAAGGACCUCCUGUGUCGUUCCGUGUUGCAUUUUGGGAGUCUGAGCCUUCCACUGAAGGUGCUCAUUCUCUCUGCAAGGUCCGAGUGUAGUGGGUGGGAGGUGUUGUCCAUAAUGGCUAGGAGUUUUGCUAGACUUCUCUCUGACACCACCGCCAGAGAGUCCAGCUCCACUCCCAUCUUGUUACUGGCCUUCUCUACCAACUUGUCCAGUCUGUAUGUGUCCCUCACUCUCAGCCCGCUGCCCCAGCAGGCCACGGCGUACAAGAGGGCGCCUGCCACCAGCGACUCGUAGAACAUCUUCAACAUCUUUGUACAGACGUUGAAGGAUCCUAGCCUCCAAAGGAAAUAUAGAUUCGGCUCUGUCCCUUCUUGUAGAGGGCCUCAGCGUGUUUUGACCCAUUCAGCUUGUUGUCCAUGUGUACUCCGAGGUAUUUAUAAUCCUCUACCAUGUCCACAUCCACCCCCUUGAUGGAAAGAGGGGUCGCCAGAGUACUCCUCCUCCUUCCCAGGUCCACAACCAGCUCCUUGGUCUCCGUAACAUUGAGCUGGAGGUGGUUCUUUCCACACCAUGUGACAAAGUCCUCCACCAGUGUCCUGUAUUCCUCGUCAUCACCUUCCUCAAUACACCCCACUAUCGCAGAGUCAUCAGAAAACUUCUGAAGGUGGCAGGACUCUGACUGAUAGUGGAAAUGGGUGGUGUAAAUGGUGUAGAGGAAGGGGGAAGAGUACUGUAGCCUCCGGGGCCCCGGUGUUGCUGACCAGCCUGUCAGACACACAGUCCUGCAGUGGCAUAUACUGUGGUCUGUCAGUCAGGUAAUCUACAACCCAGGACACCAAGGGGGCCUCCACCUGCAUCUUCUCCAACUUCACACCCAGUAGCCCAGGCCGUUUAGUAUAAGCCGCCUCCAAAGGUGUUUCAGAGAAUUUGGCAAUACAUCCAACUGGCCUCACAGCCGCAGACCAUAUUGAUUGGCUGAGACCUGCCACCCGGACAGCUGCUACAACAAUUGGUUUGCUUAACCAUAGCAUUUCUGCACAAACUGUAAGAAACUACCAUGAAUUGAUUAACGUGGACCCCGACUUAAACAAGUUGAAAAACAUAUUGGGGUGUUACCAAUUAGUGGUCAAUUGUACGGAAUAUGUACUGAACUGUGCAAUCUACUAAUAAAAGUAUCAAUCAAUCAAUCUGUCUCAAGAAAGCUCAUCUGCAUGCUCGUGGUCCUCAUCGGGGUCUCGACCUAACUGCAGUUUGUCUUCUUAACCAACUUGAGUGGGCAAAUGCUCACACUCAAUGGCGUCUGGCACAAUACAGAGGUUUUGGUAUGUUAUUAUUGACAGCGAAACCACGUGCAUUUUAUUGAUGGCAUUUUCCAUGCGCAGAGAUACCGUCACGAGACCCUGAGCCCCAUUGUUGUACUAAUCACCCGAGGCCAUCACCUUUAUAAAUAACAUUUACUAACUAAUGUUGCAAGGAUCUGGAAGCUAAAAACAUCCCAGUUCUUGCAUGACCAGCAUACUCACCGGACAUGUCACCCAGUAAGUAAUUUUUGAGAGGAAUAUAUAUUUUCUGUAUAGUAAAAGUUUCAGAUCUUUAAGUUCAAUUCAUGAUAAAUGGGAGCAAAAACAAAAGUGUUGCGUUUAUAUAUUUGUUCAAUACCAUAUUUUUCGGAGUAUAAGUCGCACCUGCCGAAAAUGCAUAAUAAAGAAGGAAAAAAAACAUACAAGUCGCA